AUUCAUAAAAAGAAAAGACUCCGCGAGGAGCAAGUGAGUCAGAACCGAAGCCGGCGACGCGGACCCCACGAAGCAGCCAGCCAGGGCAUGUUCCGAGACUUCGGGGAACCCGGACCGAGCUCCGCGGCCGGCGGUGCGUACGGCGGCCCGGCGCAGCCCCCCACUUCAGGCCAGCAGAAGUUCCACCUCGUGCCAAGUGUCAAUGCUGUGAGUGGCAGCCAGGAGCUGCAGUGGAUGGUGCAGCCUCACUUCCUCGGACCCAGCAGCUACCCCAGGCCUCUGGCCUACCCCCCGUACAGCUCCCCGCAGCCCCGGCCAGGAGUCAUCCGGGCCCUAGGGCCACCUCCAGGGGUGCGACGCCGGCCCUGUGAACAGAUCAGCCCGGAGGAGGAGGAGCGCCGUCGAGUGAGGCGCGAGCGCAAUAAGCUGGCGGCGGCCAAGUGCAGGAACCGGAGGAAGGAACUGACCGACUUCCUGCAGGCGGAGACCGAUAAACUGGAGGACGAGAAGUCCGGUCUGCAGCGAGAGAUUGAGGAGCUGCAGAAGCAGAAGGAGCGCCUGGAGCUGGUGCUCGAAGCCCACCGCCCUAUCUGCAAAAUCCCGGAAGGGGCCACGGAGUGCGACACUGGCGGCGCGGGCGGUACCGGCGGCACCAGCAGCCCCCCAGCACCUUCCCGCCCUGUACCUUGUAUCUCUCUUUCCUCGGGGCCCGUGCUUGAACCCGAAGCAUUGCACACCCCCACGCUCAUGACCACACCCUCCCUGACUCCUUUCACCCCUAGUCCGGUCUUCACCUACCCCAGCACCCCUGAGCCCUGCGCCUCAGCCCAUCGCAGGAGUAGCAGCAGCAGCGGGGACCCAUCCUCUGACCCUCUGGGCUCCCCCACCCUCCUUGCCUUAUGAGGCACCCCAGCCCCCAUACCGGCGGGUGCCACUCUAGCCAAUGUCUCCCCACCCACUGGUCCAGCUGGUCUGGACUGUAUCCCAAGCCCAUCCCAGCAGGCUCUUCUCCAUCCCUCCAGAUGACACUGGGCAUAUUCUGCGUCCUCAGAGAGCCAGCUUGGGGCCACCAAAGCUACCCACUGUUUUUCCAGAGCUGGCUUCUCUAGCACAAUUUGCACUAAAUCAGAAACAAAAUAUUUCCCAUUUGUGCGAGGGAACUCCUGGCAACCAAAAAGGACUUUGUAGAGCCCUCGAGGUCCUCUAGAGCCCCAAGCCCUUCCAGACAGCACCUACAGUCUUCAUCACCCUCUUCCUCUAGUCCACCCAAUCCUGCUCUUGACAGGUGAUACUCUACCAGCCUAGAACACUAAAGAACUCACCCAGCCCCACACUGCCAGCAGCAUCAAGUGAUGGAACCAGGGCAUUCUGCUGGCCCCUCCUGAAUGGCAGGAGAGUGCCAGAGUCUUCUGUGAUGAGCCAACCUGCAGCCCCCCAGCUCGGAGAAGACUUCAGCUCCAGGGAAUCCAAGCCUCCACAAGGAAGGCAGCUGCUAUUUAUUUUCCUACAUAGAGUAUUUUUAUACAAACCUACCAAAAUGGAAUAAAAGGCUUGAAGUUCU